GAUUGACUUGUCAGGCUGAGAGGAGGGGAGCGGGCUCUGGCAGAGAGAGCAGCAUUUGCAAAGGAAGUGAGCCAUAACUGGAGGCUGCUCCCGAGCCAAUGACCCUUCCCAAUUCCUCUUGCGUCUUAGAAGACAACAUGUGUGCGGGGAACAAGACCGCCGUGGCCAGGCCCCAACUGAUGCCCCUGGUGGUGGUCCUGAGCACCGUCUCCUUGGUCACAGUGGGCCUCAACCUGCUGGUGCUGUAUGCUGUACGGAUUGAGCGGAAGCUACACACUGUGGGGAACCUGUACAUCGUCAGCCUCUCGGUGGCAGACCUCAUCGUGGGCGCCGUUGUCAUGCCCAUGAACAUCCUCUACCUACUCAGGUCCAGGUGGUCCCUGGGCCGGCCGCUCUGCCUCUUUUGGCUUUCCAUGGACUACGUGGCCAGCACAGCAUCCAUUUUCAGCGUCUUCAUCUUAUGCAUUGAUCGCUACCGCUCUGUCCAGCAGCCCCUCAGGUACCUGAAGUAUCGUACCAAGACCCGAGCAUCAGCCACCAUCUUGGGGGCCUGGUUUCUCUCCUUUCUGUGGGUUAUUCCCAUUCUAGGCUGGCAUCGCUUCAUGUCGAAGAUUGCGGAGCGCCGGGAGGACAAGUGCGAGACAGACUUCUACGAUGUCACCUGGUUCAAGGUCAUGACUGCCAUCAUCAACUUCUACCUGCCCACCGUGCUCAUGCUCUGGUUCUAUGUCAAGAUCUACAAGGCUGUCCAGCGGCACUGUCAGCACCGGGAGCUCAUCAAUGGAUCCCUCCCUUCCUUCUCAGAAAUUAAGCUGAGGCCAGAGAAUCCCAAGGUGGUUGCCAAGAAACCAGGGAAGGAAUCUCCCUGGGAGGUUCUGAAAAGGAAGCCGAAAGAUGCUGGUGGUGGACCUGUCUUGAAGCCACCGUCCCAAGACCCCAAAGAGAUAAAAUCUCCAGUUGCCUUCAACCAGGAGGAGGAUGGAAAAGUGGCCAAACUCCAUUGCUUCCCACUUGACAUCACGCAGAUGCAGACUGUGACAGAGGGGAGUGGCAAGGACUACGUGGCUGUCAACCAGAGCCAGAGCCAGCUCAAGAUGGAUGACCAGGGCCUGAACAUGCAUAGGGCCAGCGAGAUAUCAGAGGACCAGGUGUUAGCCGAUAGCCAGUCCUUCUCCCGGACAGACUCAGACACCCCCCCAGAGGCAGUACCCAGCAAAGGCAAAUCGAAAAGUGGUUCUAACGUAGGCCUGGAUUACAUCAAGUUCACUUGGAAGAGGCUCCGCUCACAUUCGAGACAGUGUGUGUCUGGGUUGCACAUAAACCGAGAACGGAAGGCUGCCAAACAAUUGGGUUUUAUCAUGGCAGCCUUCAUCCUUUGCUGGAUUCCUUACUUCAUCUUCUUCAUGGUCAUUGCCUUCUGUGAGGGCUGCUGCAAUGAGCAUGUGCACAUGUUCACCAUCUGGCUGGGCUAUAUCAACUCCACACUGAACCCUCUCAUCUAUCCCUUGUGCAAUGAGAACUUCAAGAAGACGUUCAAGAAAAUUCUGCACAUUCGCUCCUAAGGGAGGCUCUAAGGGGGUGCAACAAAGUGAUGCUUAUGAUGUCCAACAAGCAAACGGAGGCUGAAGUCCUGUGUGUUUGCAGGCACCUGGGCUUUCUGGAGUCAAAACCACAGUCUUAGGGGCUGGGUAGUUUGCAAAGUUCUUUGACACCACUGGAAGAACAGUAGAUGGUGGUGGUCAGCAGAGAGAUUGAACUUUGAAUAAAAAGUAGAAUCUUUGCAAGAGACUCA